AUGCAAGUAAAGGUUGUGCUCCCGAGUGGAGAGGUCAAUGUGCCGGUAGAACCCAACUCCACCCCUGGACACCUGAAGGAAAACCUAAAGUACAGCAUCCGCGCGCCUCCAAAGCAGAUCAAGCUCACUUGCGAAGGUCGCGAGCUUGAUGACAUCAAGCCGCUCGCGGGUGAGCCGAACAAUGUCGCAGACGGUGCUGUGCUGGUCGCGGAGAGACGAGAGGGUGUGGUGGAGGAUGAGUCCUUCUCCCCGAAAUCCUCCCCGCCACCGGCAAUGAUCCGCAAGGAGGAGCCUCCGAAGCCGAAGAAGCCCAAGAAGGAUGUGGUGAGGCCAACUUUGUCUGAGGGAGAUGUCAAGAAAGAGAAGACCCUCUCACCAGGACACCAAGGUUGGGCAGUUAAGUCUGCAUACCUGGAGGCAAAGUCAAAGAAGCGACACAUGGCCUAUCUGAAGAUUGAGAACUGCGAGGAAAAAAAGGCUUACCCAGAGCACGAGGACUUCUCGGUUGUGUUGCCUUUGGGAGAUCCGCAGUGCUCGCCGGUGUGGACGGCGGUCGUGCAGCAGUUGGAGAUCGGCGAGAGAGCUAGCUUCACGCUCUCACGCAAGGUUCUGGACUUCAACCCGGAAAGCCUUGCUCCAGAUGACUUCUGCUCGACAUGGGAGGUGGAGCUGAUCCGUGUGGUGGAAGUUGAGGACGUUGCCGAGGACUUCCAGCAGCUGCUGGAAAUCGAGAGCAGUGGCGGGAAAGAUCGGGCAGAGGACUUGGAUGCUGCGGCUGUGCACUGGCGUGUUCGGAGGUGGACGCCCGAGGGCACAUUUUGCAUCGCCAGCAGCCGGGAACGAAUUGCCAUUCUGCCCGGCUAUGGUUUAGUGCCUAUUGAAGAUCAGAAUGCACCUCCUGUGCAAGUUGCUGUGGGCGAAGGCCAACAGGAGGCAGUGGAGCUCAUCGCGGCCAGGGUUGGCCCCGGCGGCAAGGGGCACCUUUUCCUGAAGAGCCAAGCCUUGAAAGCAAACCGACCAAACGGCUGCGUCAUCAUGGACGUUGAGCUGGCUGAGGGUGCCAUGAACACCUCGAGCCUGUUGCAAGAAGGUCGCGCACUCACCCUGUCCGUUGUUGGUCCCUUCCUGGCUGGCGCUGCUGGAGUCGGUUUGCUGUGGCAGUUCGUGUGUCUGGGCAAGCACUUGCACCGGACGCUGCGGCUCGUGCCUCGGGAGGGCCAGGGCUCCUCACUGACGACUACACAGCGCAGCUCCGAGCUCGGGAAGGCGUCCGAGUCCAUGGGCUAUCGAGCCUACGAAACUCAGACGGCUGUCAACGAGUACUUACACUUCCACUAUGGGCCACAGUCGGUGCAACUGCAGAUGGCGGUCCAGGGUGCAUCACAGGUCACUUGGGGCUUUGAGCGUGUCCUGGACGUUUGCUUCAACCAUGCCGUCGGAUGGGAGCAUGCCUUGGAUGUAGGAUGUGCCGUCGGAGGAAACACCUUUGCCCUGAGCUCUCGCUUUCAGCACGUGGUCGGCGUGGACACCUCCCACGCCUUCAUCCAGGCUGCUUGCUCCCUGCAGAGAACCAAAUCUCUUCCCUACCUGCUGCCGGGCCGUGGGGUGCAGGAGAGCUGGGCAUCCAUCCCACGCAACUCGCAGCCCUCUCGCUGCAGCUUUGCGUGCGUGGACGUCAUGGACUUCAUGCACUCAGGCUCGCGCUUCGACUUGAUUUUGGCCUGCAACGUGUUGUGUCGCCUGCGGACACCGCGUUCUUGGCUCAGUUCGCUUCGAGAAGCUUUGUCCUCGGAUGGUGUGGUGGUCUUGGCCACGCCCUAUGCAUGGCUCGAAGCCUGGACGCCCGCAGAAGUGCCUCGGAUGGAAGAGAAACGAACUUGA